UUUCCCUCCCCCCAGCCGCUGAGCAGAGACCAGCUGUGUGCCCUGUGUGACCUUGGGAGGCAGUCGCCGUGCCCGAGCGUACGCGCUAACGUGGUGAACUCCGCCGGCAGUUUGGGCAGCGUGCUCGCUAAACAGCCCGACUCAGCGGAGAAACUCACACUGAUAGGAACGUUCCUAACGGAGGUCGCGGGGAAGGACGCGGUGCUGUGGGUCGUGGCGGAGGCUCUGGACGCCAUCUUUGACGUGUUCGGGGACGGGCCGCAGGUCGACGCGGUGGCGGCCAACAUCGGGCUGGUGGCGAAACUGCGACAGAUCAGCCCUGUAUUCAAGUCUAGGGUGCACAAGGAGAGGAGGAGUCUGGGAGAACACUUCCCAGUGGUGGACAAUGCAAGGGUCAACCUCACCAGGUUCAUCAAGUACAAGGAGGGCUGCUAGGGGGUCAUGGGCUUCACUAGGCAUAAAAGAAGGCUGCUAGGGGGUCCUGGCAAUCAUCAUGAUGAUAUUAUCUUGGGAACUGGGACAAUUUGGGUCUGAAAAUUUUAUUUUCAUUUGUCAUUUUAAGUUGUCACUUCAUUGAUUUAUUCUCCUAAAUGGUCUUUGUUUGAUUUUAUU